ACCACCACCACCACCACCGGCGCAGCGGCAACCACCAACCACCUCUCACCAAGUCAGCGCGGCGGCGACGAACCGGCGAUGUCUGGGAGGGGCAAGGGCGGCAAGGGGCUCGGGAAGGGCGGAGCCAAGCGGCACAGGAAGGUGCUCCGCGACAACAUCCAGGGGAUCACGAAGCCGGCGAUCCGGCGGCUGGCGAGGAGGGGCGGCGUGAAGCGCAUCUCCGGGCUGAUCUACGAGGAGACCCGCGGCGUGCUCAAGAUCUUCCUCGAGAACGUCAUCCGCGACGCCGUCACCUACACGGAGCACGCCCGCCGCAAGACCGUCACAGCCAUGGACGUCGUCUACGCGCUCAAGCGACAGGGCCGCACCCUCUACGGCUUCGGCGGCUAGGCCGGCCGGCGCAGGAAUUUGAUAGGGAUUCGAUUAGUGCCAUGUUCUUCAGAGGUCGUUGUAGUAGUAGCUUAGCCUCUUUUCUCUUGUUGCUGUUGUUUCUUAUCGUCUCCUGUUCCUAGUGAUGUAUGAACUGCUGGUUCGUUCAAAUGGAAUAGGAAAUUUGCAGCGAUUUACCU